AUGGCGCUUUUCCGCUUCGUCUAUGCUUUGCUCGCUCUCGGAGAUGUUGGUCUAACCCAAACAGCCCAGAAGUGCCGUUGUCUUUACGGGCAGUCCUGUUGGCCUGACGAAGCCUCUUUCGUUGCUCUUAGCCAGCAAUUGUCUCAGCCGCUCCUCCGUCCUGUACCCCCUGCAUCCGCAUGCUACCCGGUUUCAUCCCCGUCAGGCGACUGUGCCGAGGUGCUCGCCAAAUUUACUGACGGGUCCUGGCGUUCAGAUCAGCCAGGCGCCCUCGAAAACCCCAACUUCGAGGCCUAUUUGCAUCGGAACGGGACAGUAGAUGGAUGCUACAGGGACACGACAUUGGGAUUCCCUUGCAAGCAGGGUAGCGUGCCGCCGAUCGGCGUCGACGCGCGGACGGUCGAGGACGUCCAGGCAGCCGUAGUCUUCGCCAGGAAGAACAACCUCCGGCUGGUGGUCAAGAAUACGGGACACGACUACCUCGGACGCAGUGCUGGUCGUGGAGGUUUCAUGUUGUGGACGCAUCAUUUCAAGGACAAGUCUCACAGCGAUUCGUUCGUCCCGCAAGGUGCACCAACGUACUCGAAGACCUAUAAUGCCAUUACUUUGGGAGCUGGUGUUCAGUGGUAUGAAGCAUACGAGUAUGCGAACCAGCAAGGACGCUUCAUUCUUGGUGGGAUUUCCCUAGGCGGAACUGUAGGUGCCGCUGGUGGCUGGCUUCUGGGAGGAGGCCAUAGCGCCUUCGCUCCUCGACACGGGCUCGGUGUUGACAAUGUCAUUCAACUCACGAUUGUCGUCGCCGACGGUCGACACCUGACCGUAAAUGCGUACCAACACUCUGACCUUUUCUGGGCGUUGCGUGGUGGUGGUGGCGGAACAUACGGUGUUGUCACAUCCGCAACAUACCAAAGCCACCCAGAGUUCCCAUUGACCAUGUCCGCCAUUAUUACCAACUUCUCCUCUCCCGACAUCGCGCAGAGUGUCAUCACCGAAUUUAUUUCCCUGCACGCCAAUCUCUCUGAUGCCCAAUGGGGCGGCUAUACAUCCUUCUCAAGGUCCAACUUCCAAGUUCUCUACGUCUCCCCGAACGUCUCUCAGGAAGUUGCCGAGGCAACCCUCGCGCCUUUCGUCGCCCGAACAAACACGACCACCGGAGGAGCCGUGCAGACGCUCUUCUUCGCACUCUCAUCUUUCUACACGUGGUACAAUGCAGUAUUCAACGCUCCGAACCAAGGAACGCAAGUCGGGUUCCAAGUCGAGCUCGCUUCUCGCCUCCUCCCAUACAAAUUAGCCAAAGAACAGCCGGCCAAAAUUGCGAAGACGCUGCUCUCAAUCGAGGGCGGAGUGGCUGGAAACUUGAUCGCAGGCGGAGUCAUACGUUCCAUAGACCCUUCAUCGACUGGCCUCAAUCCAUCGUGGCGCAAGGCCAUCGGACAAUUCUAUGUGUCUGUGGGCUGGCCGGAAGGUGCCACCGGUUCUGAAAUACUGCACCAAAGGAAUAUCCUCAAGCAAAACGCUGAUGUCCUGGAUAAAAUAACAACGGACUCGGGCUCCUACGUGAAUGAGGGCUCCCUAUACGAGAGAGAUUUCAGAAAAACCUACUUCGGUUCGCACUAUUCGAGGCUAAGGUCAAUCAAGCGAAAGUAUGACGCUGGAUCACUUUUCGUUGUUCCCUCUGGUGUUGGUUCGGAUGAGUGGGACAUAGAUACUCAAUGCCGUCGUUGA